UUGAUUCACCCUCGUUCAUAUGUUUUUUUUUGUGUUUCUGGUUUGUUUAUGACGCGGGUCACUGUCUCCGUUAGCUUGACAGCUGACCAAGUAUUAUGCUGUUGUAAAAACGCGCUUUAUUGGUGCUUUCAUAGAGAAUACUGUGCUGUGAAGGAGACAGAUUUAUAAGAGGGUAGAAAGCUAGCAGCAGUAGGCGUUGGUCCGCCGUGCCAGUAGAUUACAUUUGUUAGCCUAGCAUUUUGACUAGCAUACUGUAACGUUAUGCCGUGACGUUGGACAGAAAAAGUGGUUGACGACCCCGGGGGAAAGUAUUUUAAAUUAUAAUACACACACAGAGAGGACAAGUGCAUGUGUGUGGCACUUUGAUUCGCAGGUUAGGCUUUUAAACAGCUGCCUGGCGACUAUAUUUGAGUAGCUCGUAAGCUAAAUUCAUGUUAGCAUGGCGUCAGAUACAAGUGACACCGAGGAAUUCUAUGAUGCUCCUGAGGACGUUCACUUUACUCCAUCUCCAAAAGUGUCACCUGCAAAGUUUUUCAUUCCUUCUCCCAAGCUUUCACAGAGACCAGUAAACGCUGCACAAGAUGUGAGUUGCGGAGUGGCCGCAUCCGAGAAUCAGUCAGAUGAUCCCCUACUGAUCAUUGAUAGCAUCAUUGAGGAGAGUCAAAAGGGAAGUGCUGGUGAAGUGGCCGAGGUGGCUGAGCUGUUGGAUCAGCUUCAUGUUGAUGUGAGAGCAGAACCGGAGGCGGAGGAAGAGGAUAAUGCUCAGGAAGUUCCUGCGGGGCUAGCAGCGCCGGCUGUCCAACCUCAACCUGUGGAGAGGCCAGAGGAUCAACAGGAAAGUGCUGCAACAAACGGAGCAUGCUCCAUACCUGAACCCGCAGACCUCCCAGGGCUAUCAGUCGGCUCUCAAGAAAGCGUUCAGCCCCCAGACAUCACCAGCACCGUCAGACGGAGUCACCCUGGGGGGGCUGGGGUGGAUGGUGAGGGGGAGUGGGGGCACAGACCUGCAGAUAUCUUAGACCAGGUCCCAUUCGCAGAUGGGUCGGCUGACUCGGACUCCUCUGGUCCUCUGAAACCCCCGCGGCAAUUCACAGCGGAACCAGACAUUGUAGCAAGCACCAAGAAGCCUCCUCCCUCUCGCCCACCCCCUCCCAGCGGAGGACCUCCACCCAGGCCGCCCCCCCCAGCUUGGCAGACUCUACCUUCCAGGAAGUCUCAGGAGUGUCUCAGACCAAGUGGACUGGAAGUGUUUGCAGGCGGCUGUGAGGUCCUGGAGCCGUCCGGCCUGGUGUCUCCCAGCAGCACGGUGAGGAGCCUCACCAAAGAGCUGCAGCAUUCCUUGGAUCUGGCCAGCGCCAUCAGUGGAGAAAAAGUGGUCACAGCGCAGGAAAAUGAGGAUGGCCGAGCCUCGUCUGACGACGGAGGAGAAACUCCAGGCUCCCAGCGGCCACGUUCCAACUCUGGUAGAGAACUGACAGAUGAAGAAAUCCUUGCCAGUGUGAUGAUCAAGAAUUUGGACACUGGAGAAGAGAUCCCUUUAAUCCAGGCAGAGGAGAAACUUCCUGCAGCGAUAAACCCCCUCACUCUGCACAUCAUGAGGAGGACCAAGGAGUACAUUUCGAAUGAUGCAGCGCAGUCGGAUGACGAUGACAAGGCUCAGGCUCCUCUGGUGGACACAGAUGGAGGAAAACUCAAACAGAAAACGACCCAGUUUAAAAAGUUCCUGGGCAAGUCUGUGAAGAAGGCCAAGCAUCUGGCUGAGGAAUACGGAGAGAAGGCAGUCAACAAAGUGAAAAGUGUGCGAGAUGAAGUGUUCCACACAGACCAGGACGAUCCGUCAUCGAGUGACGAUGAGGGCAUGCCUUACACCCGGCCCGCCAAGUUCAAGGCAGCACACAGCUUCAAGGGCCCCUUUGACUUUGAUCAGAUUAAGGUUGUGCAGGACCUCAGUGGAGAGCACACGGGGGGCCGUGUGGACGAUGAGUUCUCUCACUGCGGAGGCUGCUGGGCCCAGUCCGGCCAGGACAAUGUGGUUCGCAUCUGGGUCUUGAAGACUGCUUUUGACUACUUUCAUAAUAUGAGAAUGAAUCAUGACUACUCCUUUAUAGUCAGUGGUUCAGAGGAUAAGUACGUGUACAUCUGGAGCACUUACCACGACUUGAGCAAAUUCACUUCUGUACGACGGGACCGCAAUGACUUCUGGGAAGGAAUUAAAGCACACAAUGCAGUGGUCACCUCAGCAGUUUUUGCACCCCACCCAGGCCUUAUUGUUCCACCUGAACCUGGAGCAGACAAACCAGAAGCAGAGUGUAAGAGCCUGGACUCCACUGACUCUGAAACCAUACCCUCAGGAGCCCUAAAGACGGAUCACACAGAGGUUCUACUUUCUGCUGACUUCACUGGAGCCAUCAAGGUUUUCAUCAAUGUAAAAAAGUACUGAGCAUUGCAGAGGCUGUCAGCUCCUCACACUCAGGCAGACUGCAGGAGAUCGCUCCUGAAGACGAAGGAGAGUCUGUCGUCACCCACUACCUAGCGGCUAUCGCUCUGUGACAAAGAGCCGUCUGUAGCCUUCUUUCGGGAAAACAUGGACCCUAAAAUAGAAGGGAAUAGAUGGAGGAAAUAGACUGUACAAUACAGAGGAGGUGUGAAUCCCGGUCACGUUUCUAUUUUUUAUCUUGAAUACCAAGCAACUGUGAACGGUUCUGCGCUAAGGGAAAAAAGAGCCAAGCGUGUGUGUUGUCUGUUCAGAAACAUACGUGUUCAUUUGCAGCUGUGUGGUCCGGAUGGAGUAUGGCAAGAUUAGGUUAUUUUGUAACAGUAUGGGCACCUCACUCAUUUCUUUUGCUCCCACGUUUUAGAAAAGCUAAGUCCUAAUGUCAGUCACACAUUUACGUGUCUUAAAGAGAUGUAACCGUUUGUCUGAAGCAAGGUGGUUUGAAAUGAUUUGUGCCUAAAUCUAGAUCACUUUUCUAAAUUAAACUUCUAAAAUCUUAUUUCUGUAAUUUAUCGAACAUUUUAGCAGAUGACAGCAAAUCUACGGUACAUGAAAUCAGUAUAUGGUUAUUAUUGAUUUGGGCUGGGUAUCUUUAAAAAUGGUCUAGAACAAUAUUGGCUCUUAAGACGUUUUGAUAUUAUUUUUUUUCAAUGAAAGCACAUGUCAUUAUUAAUGUUACUGUAAAUUCAGUGUGUAACAUUUCAUACUUGCUGCUUUUGUAAACAACCAAAUAAUGCUCUAUUCAUUUACUCAAUAAAAGUCCACACAAAGUAAA